AUGGCCCCUAAGUCUUGCCAGGAGUCUGAAGAUGAGCAGGUGUCCCCAGCUCCAGCAGGUGUAAAGCCAGACAGCAGUGACUUCGAGUCCCCAGUUGGCACACCUGGGGACACAGUGGCUCCUUCGCGUUCCCAGAGCAGUAAGCCCUACUGCGCAUCCAUACCAGCAGGCUGCUCUUUCAAGCAGCAGUUAGCCCCUGAAACCCUGGACCCACGUACCCUGCGGCUGUUAUGGGAACAGAGAGAACUAGAGAUCCAGGCACUUCGGUGGGCUGUCCAGAAUAGCCAGAAUGCCCGAUACUACUACAUCCUGCAGGAGGUGGCAGGGAUUCCCGCUGAGCGGCACUCCAAAAAUCAAGACAAAUUCCUGCAGAACCAGGUCCAGAAGCUUACGCUGGAGCUGAAAGCCCAGAAGGAACACGCUCAGCUGGAGAAAGAGCAGUUGGAGGAGAAACUUCGCCAGAACCACUGUACAAUGCAGCAGAUGGAGGCUGAGCUGCAGACCUUCGAGAAAUCAUGCCUUCUACAGCUGGCCCGUUCCUCUUGGGUGGGACGUGUGAUUCGGUCUCAGACUGGCAGUGUAGAGGUGGUUACUGCAGAGGUUCUAAGAGACCCUACUGAGUCCUCUGAUUAUGUUGAGGUUCCCUCUGGCACGGAGGGUUUCCGAUUGGAGGAUGUAGAUUGGAACAGCGUUGCCCAACGAUAUCCCAACCUCUUCUCCAACAUGAGUUUCCACUCAGAACAAAAGCUGAUCCAGCCCCACCCGUCCCCCGAUAUGGAUACCUGGGACUCGGAGUGCGCCAUCAAGUCUAUGGAGAAGCCUGGCAAAAUCCUGGAGUGGAGCGCCUUGCCUUUGGUAGACUCCAGCAGCUCAGACUCUGACUCUAACAGCUACCAGAUAGUUCUGCAUUCUGGAACAAAGAAGGUGUCGGGCCACCCGGCCCAGGGAACAGAUUUAGCUGCUUCAGAGCAGAUUCAGGAGUGCACUGGGAGCUUCAGUGGACACAUGGAAGAUCCCCAUAAGAGGCGCUCAGCGUCGUUUAGCAAGACUGUUCUGGAGUCCUGUACAGACCUUCACCACCAGUAUGCAAGGCCCCAGUUGAACCUGCUUGGCUGCUCCUUGAAGAUCGCUGCGGUCAGCCACCGAGAGAAGUUCAUCCGCAUCCUCAACCAGUCUCAGGCCGAGACCGUGGACCUGGGUGGCUUUGUUCUGAAGCAGCUUGUGAGGGACUUCCCUGUGUGCAUGUACCGAUUCCCGCCUGGUACUCUGCUGGCCCCACAGCACCACAUCACGGUAUGGGGCGAAGGAACCAGCAGGACCAAGAAGAAGCUGCCGGUGUCCUCGGGCCAGGACCCCUUCUACUUCCAGUCCAGUCGCGGCUGUGUGACAAUGCUGGUCAACCCUCAAGGCCAGGUCCUCAGUGAGCAUCAAGCUGCACCCUGCAUGACCCUGGGCUCGAAGAUCUUCAAAGACAACACUGACUGGUCCAUUGACCGCUUCCCGCUCUCAGAGUCCGAGCCCAACACUGACCCUGGCGAAGAGCAGCAUCGAUCUCCAUCCCCACACAAGGGCAGGGUGCGGGGUGCUGGGGCCAGGCGCAAGAAGCCGGGGCCAGGUGUCCGCCAGCAAAGGCUCUCCCGCACCAGCACUAGCGGACAGAGGACUUCAGGAUCUCUCCGCCCCAACGAGACGCGGGAUAUCUUGCCGCUCCUGAGCACCCGCAAGCUUCUUUGCCCUGGGGAAGUUCCUGCACAGCAGGAAGGGGUGAAGACCGAGACAUCUGAACUCCUGCCUGCGAUCCCAGAGUGUGCCUCAAGAAUGUGCCUAGAGGACUCGCUGGGUAGGCAGGAGCAGCGCAAGGUCCAGGUGUGCCGGAAGAGCGUGGACCUGAGCUGCCCCAUGGUGGCCCUGUCAGUGCAGAGCACGGCCGAGAGCAGAUAUGGCUUCCGCUUCCUCUGCUACCCGCCCAUCACUGAGGAUUUGUCCCGGCGGUUGUAGGGCAGCCAGGCCCGGCAGGCAGUGCCAGCUGCAUAAUUUAUUGAACCAACCGUUGCUUACAAAGUAAAGCACAUUUCUGCACACUU